AUGGCAUCAUUUGGUGGCAUUUGUGUGGCUGUUUUAUUGAAAAACAUCUUUUUAAAGAUUUUAAAGCUGAGAGGAAUAUCUGCCUCGAGUAUGGAAGGAGAAGAUGAGGGCAGAACGAUAUUGGUGUCAGGAAUCCCAACUGAUUUCCGUUUGGAAGCCAUUCAGUCUUAUUUUGAGAACAAGAGUAGAUCAAGUGGAGGACCUAUUAAAGGAAAGCCAGAACGGAUCCAAGAUUCUGAGGAAGUUAUUAUCACUUUUGAAUCGGAAAAAGAUGCAGAAAAUGUUGUCCAAAGGAAGGUCCAUAAUGUAAGCAAACAUAAACUUCAUGUGGACUGGUAUAAAAAUCUAGUCUGGCAAGAAGAUGCAAUGGUUGUGUCAAAUGGCCCCAAAGACAUGUCGGAAAAAAUGUUAAUUGAUUUUUUGGAAAAGACAGGAAAAUUAGAUAUUGUAUAUGUUUCCCCUGGAAGAAAAGCUGGAACUUUUCUUGUGUAUUGCCAAAAUGAAAUUGAUUUUGAGUAUGUUCAGAGGAUGUGCCAAAACAACCCCUUAAAAGGAAAUCAACUGAAAGUGGAUAGAAUUAAGGAAAUAAACAGUGUUCAAGUGAAAAACGUUUCUUCAAAUGUCAGCUCUGAGAGUCUUCAAAGAUAUUUUGGAAACAGUAAAAGAAGUUCUGGUGGAGAUAUUUCUUCAGUUCAACAACAAACCUCUGAUACUUACAUUAUAAGUUUUAAAGAGGCAUAUGUUGUGCUGGACGUUUGUAGCAGAGAUCAUAUACUGCAAAAUGUGGAGUUAGAUGUUCAACCGUUCUGGGAACCAUGUGAAGAAAAUACCAUUUCAAGCCAGCAAGUCCAUGACUAUUUACUACCUUCCAAGUUCCAUCUGACUUUCUUACAGAAACAUAAAAUCAUAGUUAAUGACCAAUUAAUGAGAUGGGCUGAAGUAAUUUGGAAAGAUUCCAAGUUUAAUAAACUGAAAUUAAGUUAUUCUGAAGGAAAUUUGAAGCAAAUUGAACAACGUUUGGAAGAGUUAUUAAAUUCCAUUAUGUUGAAAUUAUUGAUGUUCCAACCGAUAUUUUUGAAGAAGUUGCUAGAACAUUUAAAAGAUACUCCAAAUUAUGGAAAGUGGCUGACAUUUGUUGAAAAACUAAAAGAAGAGUUUCCAGAUUUCCAUUUUAUUGGAGAAAAUUCUAUUGUUGCUAUUGAUGCUGUAGUUAAUGCUAUAAAAAACAAAAUUGCUAACUUUAAGCAAUCUUUAACUUAUGAAUCUUAUAUAUUGAUGCCUCUUGAACAUUUCCUCUUUCUUAAGAGUUCAAAGAACAAGAAAUCAAUGACUUUGGUGCGAAAAAUAAAAUUAAGAAUGUGUGUCUCAAAGAUUAUAAGUUACACCUGGAAGGAACACAAGAGCAAAUUAAAAAACUGGAAACAUUUAUAG